AUGUACGUGGCCGUUGAAGCGCAGGUCUCUACUGGACCGGCUGCGAAAGUUACGUUUAAGGUUACGCUCACGUCGGACCCCAAGUUACCCUAUCGCGUGGUCAACGUACCUGAACAAGCUCCGUUCACAGCUGUGCUCAAGUAUGUCGCCGAAGAGUUCCACGUGCCAGCAGCUACGAGCGCGAUCAUCACGAACGAUGGCAUUGGCAUCAAUCCGUCGCAGAGCGCUGGCAACGUCUUUUUGAAGCACGGCUCUGAGCUGCGUCUGAUUCCUCGCGAUCGUGUCGGAGGCUGCAGUUGGUGCUGCUAA